GGUUCUUAAUAUCUAUCCGAAGAUUGUUUGGCACAAAAACGGAUACAGGAUUUUAGCCAAAAAUGGAAGCUCUACUCUGCCGAAAAAUUGGGGAUCCCACGGUGCCGCCGGACGCCGCGGAGGAGUCCGCCCUCACUAUAUCCACUGCUCAUCCGAUCCCUCAACUGCACUCACCCACGGCGGUGAGGGUACGAGUGAGAGCAACCAGCUUGAAUUUCGCCAACUAUCUUCAGAUCCUUGGCAAGUACCAGGAGAAGCCGCCUUUGCCAUUUAUUCCGGGGUCGGAUUACUCCGGCACCGUCGACGCCGUCGGAACAUCCGUCACCAAAUUCAAAAUUGGGGAUCGAGUUUGCUCUGUCGCCGGCCAAGGAUCGUUUGCUCAAUUUAUCGUCUCCGAUGAAUCCGAAUUAUUUCUGGUGCCUGAAGGCUGUGACCUGAUUGCUGCUGGUGCACUUGCUGUUGCAUAUGGCACGUCGCACGUUGCACUCGCUCAUAGAGCACAGCUGCACGCCGGUCAGGUGUUGCUGGUUCUCGGCGCUGCUGGAGGAGUCGGAGUUUCCGCCGUACAAAUUGGCAAGAUCUAUGGCGCUAUUGUUGUUGCGGUUGCUAGGGGAGACGAGAAGGUGCGGUUUCUAAAGACUAUGGGUGUAGAUCAUGUUGUCGAUUCUAGCAAGGAGAAUGUCACUCAAAGCGUUAAGGGCUUCCUAAAGGAGAGAAAACUGAAAGGUGUUGAUGUUUUGUAUGAUCCAGUCGGAGGCAAGCUCACAAAAGAAUGCUUGAAGUUACUUAAUUGGGGAGCCCAAAUCUUGGUUAUAGGGUUUGCAAGCAACGAGGUGCCUCUAAUCCCCGCAAAUAUAGCUCUUGUUAAGAACUGGACAAUUCACGGCCUAUAUUGGGGAAGUUACAAAAUACAUCGUCCGAAAAUUCUAGAAGAUUCCCUGAAAGAGCUGCUAUUGUGGUUGGCUACAGGAGUGAUUUCCAUUAAGAUCUCCCAUACUUUUAACCUCUCUCAGGCGAAUCUUGCAUUCGGCGCUCUUCGAGAUCGAAAGGCAAUCGGAAAGGUUUUGAUUACUUUUGAUGAUGAGAAAGCUGCAAGACCUAAACUUUAGUCGAAUGUUGCGAAUAGAUUCAAGUGAUUUUCGACCAUGGUAAGGCCAAAGGUUAGCUCUAAGAUGAUUAUUAUGUAUGUUUGUAAUAAGGCCUUGGGACAAAAUACAUCACCGUAUGCAUGUACGCUCUUUUAUCUGUAGUUAUAAUACAAAAGGUUAUGACAA